AUGCUUCGUAAAACUCGAUCAGAACUGUUUGACCAGGCCGAUAGUAAAAUCAACAGCGAAGAACGUAACAUCGCUUGGUUUCAAUAUAAAACGAACCGGACCGACGAACACUGGGAGUCGUACCGAAAGUUGCGGAAUAAAGUCACGUCACUAAUCAAGGAAGACAAACUACAACAGCAAUUCAAAUUGAUGACUAGGAUGGAGAAAAACCCCAAACUAUUGUAUCAAUUCGUGAAUGCGCAGGCUAAAGUUAAACCAGGUAUAUCUGCCAUAAAGACAGAAUCGGGAAUGACUGCAAAUGCGUUUGAAACAGCUAAUGCCCUUGCCACAUUUUAUGCUUCCGUGUUUUCUCCUGAAGAUACCCGCACUCCUAUACAAACUGUGGAGGUACUAACGGACGAAACUUUAUCGGACGUGCAUAUUGAUCGGGCUAACAUUGUCAAACACCUUCGCGGCUUACAGGUACACACUUCACCUGGUGGGGAUGGCGUUACACCACUGCUUCUGCGCCACUGCGCUGAACCACUUAGCUAUCCUCUGGCUAAACUGUUCGCUAGUUCUCUGGAAGAAGAGUUGGUACCAGAGGAUUGGAAAUGCGGGAUAAUAGCCCCCAUAUUCAAAGGAGCGUCUGACUGGGAAGUUCUGACAGGUGGACCAGUCGACCGACGCAUGUUACUGGGUCGUCGUUUGGGCCGACGGGCUUUCUAUUCAUAUCGCUCAAGCUCGAAGGAAGUUCUGACAGGUGGACCAGUCGACCGGCGCAUGUUACUGGGUCGUCGACGGGCUUUCUAUUCAUAUCGCUGA